AUGCCUAUAAUUGUUUUAUUGAGCUUCAGCUGGUUAUAUGUAACCAAUGCUGCUACAACAGCUACUCAGUAUAUUCAAAAUGAUGCGAGAAAUGGUACACGAUGGAUUUAUGUUGAAUUUUUUGACUGUUCGUCAAUUCUUAAAAUCAAUGUGAAUAAAAUUCGAGCAGCGUUAGCUCGUUGGAUCAACGAAGAAUGUGCUACAGCCAUUCAGUGUAAUCUGAAUAGUACGAUGGAAUUAAAAAAUAUCUUAGUUGGUAGUAUUUUCUGCGGUACACCAAAUAAUUUCAUUACAUUUCUAGUGCUAAGGAAUGCUACCGUUCAUCCAUCUUUAAAAGUUAAUCAUCUUGAUUUGAACAUCGUUGGUAAAGUAAUACAGUCCAGAGAACAUUUAUUAUCUGUGUUACUUCACUCAGAUCUCAAACUUGUCACAACACGAAUAUUCAAUGAAGAGGAAGAGGGUAAUAUUACAUGCGGUAAUCUAUGUUGUACGAUCAUAAUUUUAUCGAGUAUAUUUAUUAUUACAUUUUUCAUUAUAUACUUUAUUCAGAGAAAUUCUAUGAAGCGCAAGUAUCUAAGUCCAGCUCACUCUUUAUUAGUACUACAACCGCUUCAGAAUUAA